AUGCAGCCAAUCAACCUGACCGAGCUGAAGGUGUUCGUGGACCUGGCGUCUAUCACGGCCGGCGAGAGCGACCUCGAUGUGGACCGCGUGGCGUUCUUCCACGAUGCGGUGCAGGGCUACUCGCCGCUGCUCUACGACCUCGCAGCCGGCGCCGGUUUCCCAGAGCUCAUCAACACCGCCCGCAGCGUGUGGCGCUCCCUGGAUAGCGACGCCAACCUUGCCCUCAAGCUGAGGUGCUCUGUGCAGCACCUGCCGUGGUUACAGGCGGUGUGGCACGGCUCGGUGGAAAUGUCCACUCUGUCCACGGCCACCGCCAUCAACCACAGCGGAGUCUACCACGUGGGGGCCAUCGCGGGCAGUGGCGACAAGCCCUCGCUGGAGACGGUGCUGCUGCUGACACUGCCCGACCCGUCGGCGGCUGGCGGUGGCGGCGAAGGUGACGGCGCCCUGCGCACGUUCCGGAUCCACGAGCUCCGGGAGCUGCACAGCAAACUGAUGCUCACGUGUGGCACGCGGGAAUGGAACGAGGAGGUGGAGACCUUCACCGAGGUGCUGGAGAGUGUCCUGAGGCUCGCCGAUGCUCACCUGGCCCUGAGCGCCAGUGCCAACCCGCUCUUCCGCCGCUGGACAGUACGCGUCGCCAGUUCCGGUGUGGCGACGUCUCGCGUCGCCGUCGAAUUCGGGCUGCCGGGAGCUGGAGCACUGGCGGUGGACGGAGGAGCCCCCCGGCAACUGGCGCUGCUGUGCGCCGGAACGGAGCGCUGCCUGGACGAGUGGCGGGCACACGUGGAGGCGCUGCGACGCCGCUACCCGCAGCUCGACCUCUACACAGCGCAGCAGGUGGCACGCCUGUGCUCCGAGGUGGGCGAGCUGGCACGGGGCAGCGCGGGCCCCGGCGCCACCAGCGCCCUCGCCAUGCUGUCGCUCGUCAAGGAGGACUGCACCGCCCGGGACGUUCGGCAGGCCGUGUCGGACGAAGCAACGGCGCCGGCGGCAAUGACAGCAGACAAUGAGCGAUACGAUGACGGCGAUGACGGCGACGACGUCCCAGGGCCGAACAAUCCGGGAGCCAAUGUCACCGAAUCCCCGCGGCUUGACCGGCAGCUGCUGCGCCUGUGGCGGCACUUCAUGGCCACGGGCAGCGCCAUGCCCCCCAACGGCGACCCCGGCGUAGAGGUCGUGGCCCGCGUGCUGGCGCGCCUGUCCGCCGCGGCGCGGGCAAGCCCCGGCCGCCGGGUCGUCCGCCGGCGGCUCCCCAAUGGGCUGGCACGGGGCCAGCCCAACCUGGUGGUGUGCGAGGAUGAGGAGGAGGAGUUCACAUCGGCGCUGUCCCUCUACCUGAGCGACAAGGACGGGCCACUGCCGGCGCCUGACGAGGUGCUGGUGUGCUCGCCCGACACCACCGUCGAGGAGGUGGAGCUGUUUGUGAGGAGGGCGCUGAGCGGCGACGCCGGCGACGGUGGCGACAUGAAGAUCCACUCGCUGCUGUGCGCCGACCGGCUGAGCUACGAGGCGAGCGUGCGCAUGGAGGAGCUGGUGCUGGCGGAGCGCCGGCCGGCCGGCCGCUACCAGCUUGUGGUGUUCUGCCGCGCGCGGGAAGAGCACCGCUACGCCGCGUCGUGCCUCGGCGAGUUCCGGGCGAGCGCCGCGCCGCGGGUGCCCGCCGAACAGCUUCGCCGUUUCCUGCGGCGCCGCCUGCGGGUGGAGGCGGAGCGCGGGGGCCGGGCGGUGGCGGCGGACGCCUUCGCCAAGCGGCUCAGGGCCCGGGUCGUCUGGUCGACGCGGCCUGGAGUGGGCAAGUCGCUGCACGUGCAGCGCAUGCACGACGCGCUGCGGUCGACCUUUGGCGGCCAGAGCCGGCUGCACACCGUGCGGCUCACGGGCCGGGCGGUUAAUGAGGCGGCCGUGGUGGCCUCCCUGCUGAAGCUGCAGGAGCCCCCGGGGCAGGAGAGGCCCCACCUCGUCCACGUCGACGUCACCGCCGCCGUGUGCUCGGGUCUCAGCGCCUUUCUCUUCCGCCUGCUGGUGCUGCGGUCUCUGAGUGGUGCUGGCGGUGCCGUGUGGCGCUGCAGCGCCUCUCACCUUUACGUCGUCGAGAUCACGCAGGAGGAAGGGGGAGAGGGGGAGGAGGAGGUGGGUGGCGCCAGCUCGGACUCAGGCAGGGCUCCUCGCGGUGUGCGUCUGCUGGACCUGUUCCCGGGAGUGCGGUGCCACUCGCCCAGGGAGUGUCUCGACCGGCAGGCGUCGACCCAGACCCAGGGACAGGCCCAGGAAAAAGCCCGGGGCCAGCUCAUGGACCACCUCCUCUUUGUCAGUGAGCAGUACCAGCGACCCUUCCAGUACCUGGAAAGACUUCGCCUGCAGCGGAACCUCGACAGCUUCAGCUACAAGCCGGGCCCGGCGAAGGGAACUCCGGCGCUGUGGCUGCGCACGGUGCUGGCGUACUGCGGGGUCGCUGACCCCUCCUGGGCAGAGCUUCGCAACUUCCUGAGGUUCCUCAAUGUGCAGCUGCUCGACUGCGAGCGGUCGGCAUUCUGUGACCGGCAGCACGUCGGCGACGUGCUGCCCGGGUUCCGGCACUUCGUCGUCGAGUUCGUGGUCCUCAUGGCGCGGGACUUCGCGACGCCCUCCCUCGAUGUCUCUGACGAGAGCCCCCGGGCGCUCCAGCAGCAUGCGGGCGAGGGAGACCUUGUGCCCUUCCAGAUCCGCAAGGCGUGGGAGAGCCGGCCACACCCCUACGUCUUCUUCAACGCGGACGGCCACUCUCUGACGUUCCUCGGGUUCCACCUGCAGCCGAACCAGCAGAGGGGCAUCGACGCAGUCGACCCUCGGACGUGGGACAUCCUUAAGCCGGAUGCCAUCGGCGUCGAACUCCAUUGGAGCCUCAAUGCGCAGGGCGUCGACUUCAACGUGAACUUUGACAUGCUGCCGCGGGACGCCAAAGUCAAGACGCUCUGCACGGUGCUGGGGAUCGUGCAGCCCUCAGACCCCGACGCCACCUAUGAGCUGACGAUGGACAACGUCCUGAAGAUGCUCGCCAUCCACAUGCGCCUCCGCUGCGGCAUCCCCGUCGUUGUCAUGGGCGAGACGGGCUGCGGCAAGACGAGGCUCGUCAAGUACCUGUGCGGCCUGCAGAGGGGCCACCUCCAGGCCGACAACAUGAAGCUACUAAAGGUGCAUGGCGGCACGACCAUCGCUGACGUCCAGGCCAAGAUCCGGGAGGUGGAGGUCGCGGCCCGGCUCAACAAGGUGAGGUUUGGGCUGGACACGGUGUUGUUUUUCGAUGAGGCCAACACUACGGAGGCGAUCCAUGCCAUCAAGGAGGCCCUGUGCGACGGCACAGUCGACGGCGAGCCGUUCGACGCCAACUGCGGCCUCAAGAUAGUCGCGGCCUGCAACCCGUACCGGAUGCACUCAGAGGCCAAGAUCCGGCAGCUGGAAUCAUCCGGGCUGGGCUACCGGAUGGCGGCAUCACAAACGGCGGAGAGGCUCGGCAGGAUCCCGCUGCGCCACCUGGUGUACCGCGUACACCCCCUCCCGCCCUCGCUCAUGCCGCUCGUGUGGGACUUUGGGCGGCUGAGCGAUGACAACGAGGGGCGGUACAUCGGCCAGAUCGUCGAGCGGGCCCUCACGCCGCACGGCGUCCCCGCGGGCAGUGCGGCCCUCGUCGCUCGCGUGCUGGCCGCCUCGCAGCGCCAUGUGCGGAGCCGGCGUGACGAGUGCGGCUUCGCGAGUCUGCGCGACGCCGAGCGGUGCAUCGCUGUCUUCCUCUGGCUCUAUGCCCGGCAGGAGGCGCUCUUCGCGAGUGGUGCGAUCCCGCCGGGCGGCCGCGCCGCUCUGGACGCCAUCGCGAGGGCUCUCAUCGUGGCCGUCGGCGUCUGCUACCACUGCUCAAUGCGGGAUCGCGAGGGCUACAGGAGGAGCGUUUGCGAGGAGCUGCCCGCACCGUUUGACAACCCCGACCGGGUGCUCGCGGAGAUCACUGCCUGCCAGGAGCUGUUCCUGGGGAACCUGGAGCUGGGUGAGACCAUCGCCAGGAACGCCGCGCUCCGGGAGAACGUCUUCAUGAUGGUGGUGUGCGCCGAGCUGAGGAUCCCGUUGUUCCUCGUUGGCAAGCCGGGCAGCUCCAAAUCGCUCGCCAAAGCAGUGGUGUCGCACGCCAUGCAGGGGCCCGUCGCGCCCACGGAAUUCUACAGGCGCUUCAAGCAGAUCCACGCUGUGUCCUUCCAGUGCAGCCCGCACUCCACCUCAGAGGGCAUCGUCGGCACGUUCAGGCAGUGCGCCCGCUUCCAGGAGGGCAAGAACUUGGAGGAGUUCGUGUCGGUCGUUGUCCUCGAUGAGGUGGGCCUGGCCGAGGACUCGCCCAAGAUGCCGCUCAAAGCGCUGCACCCGCUGCUGGAGGACGGCUCCGUGGACGACGACCCAACGCCCCACCAGAAGGUGGGCUUCGUGGGCAUUUCGAACUGGGCCCUGGACCCGGCCAAGAUGAACCGCGGGAUUUUCGUCGCUAGGGGGAGCUCGGACAAGGCCGAGCUGGUGGCAACCGCGAGGGGGAUCUGCUCGUCGGAUAGCCUCAUCUUGUCCGCGCUCGAAGGACUCUUCUCGAUGCUGGCCGACGGCUACCUGAGGGUGUGCGAGCGGCAGAAGAGGGGCUUCUUCGGCCUCCGGGACUUCUACAGCCUCGUCAAGAUGCUGUUUGGCACCUGUCAGAGGUCCGGCUCCAAUCCGACGGUGCCGGAGCUGCGGCGGGCCAUCCUGAGGAACUUCGGCGGCAGUUCAGACGUCGAGCCGCUGGCGAUCUUCGGCGUGGCGGACCAGGGCUCCCACGAUCCGCUGAGCCUCGUCAGGGAGAACAUCGCCUCCGGCGCUGACGAGACCGAGUGCCGGUACCUCCUCCUUCUCACGCAGAACUACUCGGCGCUCUCCAUCCUGCAGCAGGACGCCUCCCUGGGCCUGGCGGAUGGUGCCGAGAUCAUCUUCGGCUCAAGCUUCCCCCGGGACCAGGAGUACACGCAGGUGUGCCGCACCAUCAACCGCAUCAAGGUGUGCAUGGAGGCCGGCAGGAUGGUGGUGCUGCUCAACUUACAGGGCCUCUACGAGAGCCUCUACGAUGCGCUCAACCAGUACUACGUUCACCUGGGUGGGCAGCGGUAUGUAGACCUGGGGCUGGGCACGCACCGCGUCAAGUGCCGCGUGCACCGGCGAUUCCGCCUCGUCGUCAUCGAGGAGUCGCGCGUUGUCCACCGCCACUUCCCCGUCCCGCUCGUCAACCGCCUGGAGAAGCACUUCUUGGACAUGGGCGUCGUGCUGCGUGAGGGGCAGCGCCGGCUGGCGGAGGCGCUCCGGUGCUGGCUCCGGAGCUUCGCGGAGAUGGUCGGGGAUGAGACGAGUGGGGGCCGGUGGCCGGACGACGAGGAGGGGGAGGAUGGGAGGGCCGGCGGUGGGAUAGGGCCCCGAAUCGCCGCCGUCAUCGUCGGCUACCACUCGGACGCCUGCGCCGCGGUGGCCCUGCAGGUCGCGAGCCGCAUGGCGCCGGAUAUCCCAGAGGGCCUCGAAGGGCCGCUCGCGGAGGCCCAGGAGACGCUGCUGAGGUGCGCGGCGCCGGACGCCGUCGUGAGGCUGCGGCACAGCGGCCUGUCGGCCGCCGCAGCGGAGAUCUGGCAGAAGUACUUCGUGCACCAGCAGCACGGCUCUCUGCAGGAGUUCGUACGGCAGCAGCUGGAGUUGGCGAUCGACGGCCUGCUGGUGGAGGUGACUACACACGCCCGGCUGCUGACCGCCACGGACACCGGGAUCAUCGCCAAGGCCGUGAGCCAUCCGCCCGCAGACUUCGUCCUGCUGGCCCUGCAGCAGAUCGACACGGAGCACGCCUUCAGCAAGCGCGUCCGCGAGGUGUUCUCGGCGCCCGGCGACCGGCGAUGCCUCCUGCUGAUCCAGUCGGACUUCGAGGAUUUCAGCCACGGACCCAACCUGGUGGCAUGCGCCAAGUACUGCGCCAUGAACGAGAGGAGCCGGGCUGGCGCGGCACGAUCGCGUGUCCACGUCAUCUUCAUCACCAAGUUGCCGCGCGUGGCCACCACCACCUCCUCCCAAUAUGUGGGCUUCCACGGGGGCCAGUGGAUCUCUGUCCACAUCGACGACCUGCGCAGCUCCGAGGACCUGCUCGGCGACGUCGUCUCCAUGUGGGGCCUCUCUCUCAGCGAGGUGUUCGCGCGCUGCUGCGGGGUCACACGUUCAGAAAGCACAGAGGGGGAGGAGCUGGAGGAGGAGGGGAGAGGUUACCUGCGGAGUGUGCCCAGCCGAACACCUGGGCUGACGUCCGUGGGCAGCGCCCGCCGCCUGGUGGCGAGCUGCGUGCAGGCGGCGUGCAGCUCGCUCCGGGACCCCCCCGCGCUCUCCGCCCGAUCCACGCGGCGUGUCCACUUGCUGCUGCAGCUGCUCGAGACACACGGGGAAUUUUCGGAGGAGCUGAUGAGGCAGAUUCUUCGUCUGAUGAGGAGGAGGGACGAGGACACAGAUGCGCCGCGUGACUGGAUGCUGAAAGAGGCCUGCAAAGUGAAUGCCAUCCAGGAGGGCGGCUCCUUUCGGUAG